AUGCCCAAGAACCAGGCGCGCAUAUGCUGCGCGUUCGUCCUGUCCUUCGCUGCGCUGGCAGCUGGAAAAGCACCAGCCGAUAAUGGGAAACCCUACGAUACGACCACAAUCGACAGCAAGGCGCAUUAUCAGGUCACAACCGACACCUCCCGGGUAGUGUGGCCAUGGCGGACAUACAAGACCUCGAGUCAUAAUCCACCUAUAAUGAACAUCACACAACACAAGGGGAAGCUGGCGGAUGGCUACGUCUUCAUAUCGCCCGUGGACAGCAACAAGAAAGAUGGCACGUAUGAUCUCUCCGGCACUGGAUUCAUCAUGGACACCAACGGCGAUCUUAUCUUUGCCGCCGACGAAGACGGCAUGGGCUUCUGCGAUGAGUGGGUUGCAGGAAUGACGGACUUUCGCGCUCAGCCUUACAAAGGGCGCCAGCACAUAACGUACUGGAACGGAUGUAAUACCCUGGGAGCACAUUGGGGCCAUAGAUGGGGGCGGGUCACCAUGAUGGACGAAGAGUACACCAAAUUCGAUCUCAAUCCAGAUCUCGGGAUCAAUACCUUCGAACCGGCUACGCGAGGCAACAUCGAUGUCCACGAGCACCAAAUGACGGACCGCGAUACGAUGGUCGUGACUUCUUACAAUAACACCCAGUGGGAUUUGACUUCGAUGGACGGUCCAGCAGACGCUUGGGUGGCUGAUAGCAUGUUUUUUGAGGUGGAAGUCAAGACGGGCAAGAUCUUGUUCGAGUGGCGAGCACUGGAGCAUGUACCGCUAAAGGCGUCUCAUUAUGGCUUUCAUGCCGCAGGCGCUGGAGUCACCAAGCGGGUACCGUGGGAUUGGUUCCACAUCAACUCCGUCCAGCGAGUGGGCGAAGACUAUCUGAUCAGCGCGAGACACCACUUUGCAGUCUACCUAAUCAGUGGCAAAGACGGCAGCGUCCUCUGGAAACUCGAUGGGCUCAACGGCGGCACCUUCGGCUCCAUUCCAGCCAAGUUCCGCUGGCAGCAUCACGCAAGAGCGCACAACGUCACGAAAGACGGCAUGACCGUCUCCGUCUUCAACAACAUGGUCAAUGGCCCCAAGAACGAGAAGACCCAAACCAACGGCCUUGCAUUCUGGCUCUCCCUACCACCUAAACACGACAGCCCUCCUGUCCUUGUGAAAAAGCUCCAGACUCAGGACGAGAUGCUCUUUACUGGUACGCAGGGCUCCUACCAAAUGGAUGUCGGCAACGGAAACGGCUUCAUCGGCUACGGCACUGUCCCUGUAGUCCGCGAGUUCGGAUCGGAUGGGAAGUUGCUGUGGCAAGGACAGUUUGGGGAUUACAGCGCUGUGAUGUGCUAUCGUGGGUUUAAGAUGGAAUGGCACGGCACGCCGAAGAAUUGGGAUCCCAUUGCUUUGAUCGAGAAUCCGAGGAUUCAUACACCACGAGUCUAUGCGAGCUGGAAUGGAGCAACCGAGAUUACGGGUUGGGCGGUCUUUGCCGGCAAAAAGAAGGACUCGCUAAAGUCCAUCGGCGUCGCAAAGAAAGAGGGGUUCGAGACGGUCUUCAAGCUGGACAAAAAGAUGAAAUGUGUUCAGGUCGGAGCUAUCAGGAACGGCGAGAUCAUCCGGAAUUCGAGCAUUUCUUGCAUCGGCGACGACGCGGGUUCCGAUGCCAAAUACGUUCAGCUGCAGGCAGAGAACCGGCGAUUGCAAGCUGAAGUGGAUGGACUGGGAAACGCUGCAUGGGAGGCUUAUGAGCUUUUCGCCGAAGUGGCCUUUGGUGUGAUUGUUGUUGUGCUCGGCGUCUGGGCUUUAAUCUUCUUCCGGGAUCGUCGACGACGACGGCAGUAUCAGAGCACGUGCACCUCGAGGAACGAACAUCGGAUCACGCCUUGCGCAGCGAACAAUAAGCGGAGUCCAACGAUCAUCGGUUUCCGCGCCACGAAAGUGGGACACCAUCCGACAAGCUUCUCAGCAUUCGUCACUGGCCCUGACUUUGGCGAGGUUGUCUCAGAUCUACAUCGGGGGUCUGUAGGCGAAGAGUCCGAUGAAGAAGAGACAACAGCCCAAAGGGCAGCCCCGACAGACCCUUCCUCGUCAAUGGCACUGCGGGCGUAA